AAAAAAAAAAAAAAAAAAAAAAAAAAUAAAAUAAAAAUAAAAUAAAAUAAAAUAAAAAUGGCACGAUAUGUUACAGAUGAUAAUAGUAGUGUUGAAUUUGUGAUAGCUGCUCCAACUUAUGCUAAAACAAAAAAGCAAAAGAGAUUAUGGAAAAUUAUUGGUGGUAUCGUAGCAGCCAUUGUUGUUAUAGUUAUCGUAAUUGUGAUAGCUGUGGUAGUGACAGAUACUAAAAAACAGAGUUCCAAGAAUAAUAAUAAUAGAGGAAUAAAGGAAUAUCCUAUUUCACCUUAUUCCCACAUGACUGAUUUAGUAACGAGUAACCAAUCAUCUUUCUCACAAAAGCAAAGAUUUUUCGUUAUUGGGGAUGUUCACGGCUGUGUAAAUGAAUUAAAUACGUUGGUUGCUAAACUCAAUUAUAAUCCAACAACAGAUCAAUUAAUUCUUGCAGGCGAUUUAACAUCAAAAGGACCUGAUAGUAUAGGUGUCAUUCGACGAGCAAAAGAAUUAGGAGCACUUUGUGUUCGUGGUAAUCAUGAUGAUAUAGUGAUACGAUUUAAGACAUACGAAAUGGAAAAGGGAAGAAAUGCUAUGUACCCACUUGAUGCUACUAUGCCUGAAGGUAAUGUUCCCGAUCCAUUAAAGUUUAAAAAUUAUCACACAGCUAUUGCACUGAAUAUGACUGAUGAUGACUAUAAUUACUUGUCAAGUUGCCCUGUAAUGCUUCACUUACCAUUUUUAAAUAAUUCUGUUGUUGUUCAUGCUGGCUUAGACCCACGUAUAUCAGGUUUAGAAAAUCAAGUUCCUUAUUUAGUUAUGACGAUGCGUGAUAUUGCUAGUGAUGAUAUUCCAACUUCUAAUAGUCGAGUUGGAACUCAAUGGGCAAUUGAAUAUAAUGAAUUUGAAAAGAAUAGAACAAUAGAUAGUUUACAAGUCUUUUAUGGCCAUGAUGCUGGUCGAGGAUUAAACAUUAAAGAUAUGACUUUUGGUGUUGAUACUGGUUGUGUUUAUGGAGGCAGAUUAACAGCUAUUAAUAUUCAAACUAAAGAAUUAGUUGAUGUUGUAUGUCCAACUUAUGUAAAUAGAGGUGACAAAUAUGAUGAUUAGUCUAUUUAAUAAACCAAAGUAAGCAGUAUACAAAUAAACACACACACAAAUAUAUUUAUAUAAAUAUGUAUAAACAAACAAAAAAAAAAAGAGAUUAUAUAAGCUUUAAUAUAAACUUUUUAUAAGCAGUAUGCUACGUAUGUUUUAAUGCAUAUCAAUAAUGUGCAUGUAGCACAACUGGAC